AUGACAUCAGUAAAUAUAAUUUGUGGUCUUUCACGCCUUUCUGGAUCAACUUCUCGACGAUCAUCUUUAAAACCUCUAUAUUGGGGUAAAGUGUCAAAGGCAUUGCAAGGAAGUUUAUGGGAAGAAUUACAAAAACGUAGGCAGGCCCAAGUUGCACCAGAAUUUGAUGUUUCAGAGAUAGAGACCCUUUUCUCAGCAGUUGUUCCAAAAACUUCUGAUAAAUCUGUAGGACGUUGUAAAUCAGUUGGAUCCAAAUCUGACAAAGUCCACUUGAUUGAACUGAAGAGGGCCAAUAAUGUUGAAAUUAUGCUCACAAAGAUUAAGAUGCCACUUUCUGAAAUGAUGGCUGCAAUUCUAACUUUGGAUGAUACAGUAUUAGAUGUUGAUCAGGUUGAAAGUCUUGGUAAGUACUGUCCCACUAAAGAGGAGAUGGAACUUUUGAAGGGAUAUACUGGUGACUAUGAGAAUUUGGGAAGGUGCGAACAGUAUUUUUUGGAGCACAUGAAAGUUCCACGGGUGGAAGCAAAAUUAGGAGUUUUUUCUUUCAAGAUUCAGUUUAAUCAUCAGAUUGUAGAAUUUAAGAAAAGUUUAGGCACUGUGAACUCUGCUUGUGAAGAGGUCCGGAACUCUGACAACCUGAAGAAUAUUAUGCAGAAAAUUCUUUAUUUGGGGAAUACUCUGAAUCAAGGAACAGCUAGGGGAUCUGCUGUUGGAUUCAAGUUGGAUAGUCUUUUAAAGCUCACUGAGACUCGUGCUUCUACUGGUAGGAUGACACUAAUGCAUUAUCUAUGUAAGGUCUUAGCUGAAAAGUCUCCUGCACUCCUUGAUUUUCACUUGGACCUUGUUAGCCUGGAAGUUGCUAGUAAGAUACAAUUAAAAGCAUUAGCAGAAGAGAUGGCGUCAAUUAAUAAGGGAUUACGAAAAGUUAAACAGGAGCUUGCUGCAUCUGAAAACGACGGCCCUUCAUCGGAAAGUUUCCGCAACGUACACAGAGAAUUUAUUGAAGGUGCUGAGUUAGAGGAGGCAUCUGUAACAACUCUAUAUUCUGUGGCGGGCAAAAAUGCAGAUGAUCUUGCAAGAUAUUUCAAUGAGGACCCUGCUCGUUACCCAUUUGAACAAGUAACUGCGACGCUAUUGAAUUUCAUGCGGUUGUUUCGGAAAGCACACGAAGAGAACAUAAAACAAGCAGAGUUGGAGAAGAAAAGAGCUGAGAAAGAGGCUGAAGAGAAGGCUAAGGCAGAUGCUGCUGCUGCUGCAUCCAAAGAAGUUUCGUAGCAUUGAGCAUUU